AUGUACCGGGGACAGCAUGUUCGAAUUCUUUUUGCUGUGAGUCUGGCCUUGCAGGUCAUUCAUUAUGGGAAAGGCCGUGAAAAAGAGGAGCAUAAAGGUGAUGGAGAAAAUGUGCAUGCAACAGCCCAAAAGCAACAGCCAAAAAAUCAAGGCACUACUCUACAUAUGUUUAAUGACAUGAAUCGGAGUGAUGAGAGCAGCAAGCAACAGAGUUCGAGGACUUUUGUACCUUUCACGGGGCUUACAGAUAGUAAAAAACUGAACAGGCAUUGUUGUCAAAAUGGAGGAACCUGUAUUCUGGGCAGUUUCUGUGCAUGCCCAAAACACUUCACUGGCAGAUAUUGUGAGCAUGAUGAGCAGAAUAGCAACUGUGGCAGUGUUGCCCAUGGAGUCUGGGUGCAAAAGGGUUGUCGAUUCUGUCGAUGUGGCUAUGGGAUUCUGCACUGCCUUUCGGAAAUAAUGCAAGACAACUGUGAUCUAAAAAUAGAAGAGGAGGAAUUUCUCAGGUUACGUUCUAGUGGCUCGAGAUCACAGCAAACAGUGUGCUCUCUCAUUCUCCUACUCUGCUUCUUCACAUUAUUCUGCAGCAGGCUCCAUCAGCAGCUUUGA